CUUGUGUCACCAUGGUGACGGGGCUGUGCCCAGGGAGGUUGUGAUGGGUUGACAGGUGCGUGACAAUCGGAGCUCUCUGCAAGCAUGUACGCCAAAGGCAAGAGUAGCAACGUGCCGUCCGACAGCCAAGCCAGAGAAAAGCUGGCUCUUUAUGUGUACGAAUACCUGCUGCAUGUAGGAGCACAGAAGUCAGCACAGACCUUUCUCUCAGAGAUUCGAUGGGAGAAGAACAUCACAUUAGGAGAACCUCCGGGGUUCCUCCACUCAUGGUGGUGCGUUUUCUGGGACCUGUACUGUGCAGCUCCAGAGAGAAGAGACACAUGUGAACACUCCAGUGAGGCGAAGGCCUUCCACGACUAUAGUGCUGCAGCAGCACCGAGUCCAGUCCUCGGUAACCUUCCCCCAGGAGAGGGCAUGCCAGUGGGGCCAGUCCCACCGGGAUUCUUUCAGCCAUUUAUGUCACCUCGAUACCCAGGAGGACCAAGACCGCCCCUCAGAUUACCUAAUCAGGGUCUUGGAGGAGUUCCAGGUAGCCAGCCCAUGCUACCGAGUGGAAUGGAUCCCACAAGACAGCAAGGGCAUCCGAAUAUGGGAGGACCAAUGCAGAGGAUGACUCCACCCAGAGGCAUGGUACCACUAGGACCCCAGAACUAUGGAGGUGGGAUGAGACCACCACUGAAUGCUCUAGUUGGUCCUGGGAUGCCUGGUAUGAGCAUGGGACCUGGUGGUGGAAGACCCUGGCCAAAUCCUCCCAACUCCAAUUCUACCCCGUACUCUUCUGCAUCACCAGGAAGCUAUGCGGGACCUCCAGGAGGAGGGGGGCCACCUGGAACCCCAAUAAUGCCAAGUCCAGCAGAUUCAACCAACUCUGGGGACAACAUGUACACUAUGAUAAACACAGUCCCUCCAGGUGGAAGCCGGCCAAAUUUCCCUAUGGGUGGAGGCAGUGACGGUCCAUUAGGGGGAAUGGCUGGGAUGGAGCCGCAUCACAUGAAUGGAUCUUUAGGAUCGGGCGAUAUGGACAGUCUCCCCAAGAACUCUCCUGGUAACCUAAGUAUGAGUAACCAACCUGGGACACCUAGGGAGGAUGGAGAGAUGGGAGGAAACUUCCUUAACCCUUUUCAGAGUGAAAGUUAUUCUCCAAACAUGACGAUGAGCGUGUGAGGGCUUUGGAAAUAGGUUUGAUCUGUCGCUCAAUGACCUGGUGUGGAUCGGCAAAAAAGCAGAGAGACAGAUGUGAUGUCAUCUAGACCAGUGACUCUUGCUCCACCAUCACCUGCCCAAUCAGACAGUUGCCCCAGGCACCAUCCUACUAUUACUACUACUCCCACCCGCAGCCCCAUCCUUCCAUGGUUUCUGUCCAUGUUUCUUCGCUCCUGUUUUUCUCCCGUUCUGAGUGGUGACUCUGCUACCUUCAUCUGUUCUUCCUCUGCAACUAUGAGACUGUACAAAGGAACCAAACUGAAAUGACCCAGAGGAGAACUCUUUGUAAAUUUGCAUACGGUGUGUAUGUGAAGGUGCACACAGUCCGCUUACAGACAGAUUUUCCUGCCUUCGCAUCAAAUCACAAAGCUUGCUACCCAAAAACAAAAUUCCAGUAUCCUAAAGUUAAAAUUCCCAUGGGUUUAACUAGAUAAAGUCACUGUUUGACUGAUCUUGAUGGCCGUCACCAUGUUUUCUAUAAAUUUCCUCUGUUUGCAGUAGCAGAAGAGAAGUGGAGAGACAUCUCGAUCCUCAUUUAAAACCAUGAUGUUUUAAUUGAGGUCCAUACAGAUAUUUGGGAAGUCUUUUCAGAGUUUGUAGGUUUCUAAAUCUUUAAGACCACUUACAUUUUAUUUAAAGUUUUAUACUGUUGGUGGUUUUCUCAGUUCGAUUCACUAUAUUUGUUUCCAUAUUAAGUUUGAAACUGAAUGGUUAUUAAGAAAAAAAAAUGCUCAAGGCUUAAAGACAGACUAUCUAACCUGUUUUAACAGUAGCCACAUGGGAAAUGUUAAAACAUGGUGCACAAAGUCAGUGAAGUGGCAUUGUAGAUAAGUUAUUACAUUAGCUAACAUUUAGCAACUAAAAGCUAAUAGUCAUGCUGUACUAGACCAAGUAAGGCAGUUAAAGAAAAAGUCCAGAAGGCAUUUUAUUAGUUAUGGAUUCUUUACAUCUGUAUGGGGGACAAGCUAAUUUGUUCGAUAGUCUGUCUUUAAGUCAAAUGAGAUCAGUCACUAUGCUAAUUGUAAUUUAACUGAAGUAAGGAUAAGACCAAGGAAGGUUUGCACAAAGGUUUGCCGUAGCCAGUAGUCCUGUACAGACUGAAAGUUUGGGGCCAAGUGGUGCAUCUUUCUGUAUUCACUGAACUCUUGCUACAAUCCAACCUGCAAGGUUUCCUAUUGUGAGCAAUGUAGUGCUUUUGGGGGGGGGCAAAAGAGAUGUUUUUACCAGAAAUCAAGGGAACCAUUAGUUAUGUAAUUUGUUGGUUCUGAUUACUCACAUAUCCUAGAAUAAAAGUGGUAAAAUUAGAAAGAGAAAUAAUAACACAUAAGCAGAAUGGAUGAUGAACUGCAAGCUUUGGUCGCUCAUACUUAACUAUCAUCCGGCGAAACUGUGAUUUUUAGUAUGAUGAACAACUGGUUGGUACAGAAAGAUAAAACAAGCUUGUUUUUAAUCAAUCUUUGAAACCUUUUUCACUGCCCAAGAUGAAUUAUUAUCAUGUACAAAGGACAUGUGGACAUUCUCCUUUCCCUUCCCUUACUGCAAAGUGUACAGCUCACAAAUGUAGCUCCUCUGUCUUGUAUGUGUAUUUGAUAUUAUUAUUAUUUAAAGAUAAUGCUAGAGAGAAUUAUUGCAAAAGGGAGCAAUGGACCGAUGAUGCACCAUCACAACUGAACUGAGAUGUUUUAUUUUGUUUUGUGUUAGAUCGAAGCCAUAAGUGGGAGUACAUAAAGAUUGAUUUGUAAAUCUUUUUUUUCUUUUCUUGUUUUUGUGACAGUAUGUGAGACUCUAUUUGUGAUGUGUUCAUUUUCUCUUUUUUAUUCUUGUAUUAUGUUUUUGUAAAUACACAGAGAAGUUUCAUGGGUUUUGACUAUGCUGAUAUAAAGCUUCUCUAACCUUA